UUUUGCAGACACAGACACUGCUGACUGACAUUAUGGUGAAUACUGAGGACACCAAAGAUGAGACGAAGCCAUUGGUGGCGUCGACGGCCAGCGGUUCCACUGCCGGCGGCGCGAGCGGUGGCGACGACUCCGGGUCGACGACCUCAGAGACCGAUUACUACGACUGGGAUGAGGACACCGGCGAGUAUGAAGUGGACAACUCGUUGGGUUCACGUGCCAUACGUCGAGUCAAUAACAGCCAAAUCAGCGAUUUGGCCACAGAAAAGGGCUUUGAGUUCGAGACCGGCGAUGAGUCGACCGAAGCCGAGAAGCAAGAGUUGGAUCCGUCGGCGGGAAACUACUGGACUCGGGAACAGAUGAUGAAACACUUGGAGACGUGUCCGAAGCCGGAGUCGAAUCCAGAGAUGGGCGACGAUUGCGAUAUCUAUGACGAGCGGAUCAAAUACAUGAAGGAAGUGGUGAAAGACGGCGUCUAUAAGCGAUACAUGCGUCGGGGCGCCGGUGCGCCAGUCAUGGAGAAUCAGGCGGUGCUCUACAAUCUGAACGCAUUCCUCGAGGGUCAGGACGAGCCGUUCGACUCCACAUGGCUGAGAGGGCGGCCCAAUCUUCACCGCCUGAACUACGACACAGUACUGCCCGGCGUGUGUCGCGCGCUGUUGACGAUGAGACGCGGCGAACGGUCUGAGUUUGUGGUGCGCCCGCACUUGGCGUACCUCGAGAUGGGUUGUCCGCCGCGUAUACCAGAAAACGCCACCAUUUUAUACAUCAUUGAAGUGAUCCGUGUCUUCGAUGAGGGAACUCUUAGCGCGUUGGACGCCAUGACCUUCGAUGAGAGAUCUCAGGUGCCGUUCGCGACGAUUGUCGGCCUCUGCGACGACGAACGCAAGUCAGCCAACGCUUACUUCAAAGCCGAGCGCUUCCGGGAGGCGGCCUUCCGCUACCGCCGAGCGAUCAGAGUUCUGGAGGACCUGACCUUCGCGUCCGAAGAGGAGAACCGCCGCAGCAAUGAGUUGUUACUCAAACUGUACGUCAAUAUCGGCAACGCGUACAACAAGUUAUCCAAACCGUUGUCAGCGGUCGGCAACUGUAAGAAAGCGCUGGCGAUUGACCCGCAGUGCGCCAAAGCUGUGUAUCAGUUGGGUUUGGCGAAGAUGUCGAACGCCGACUACGAGACGGCGCAGCGGCUCUUACGACAGGCGCACCAAAUGAAGCCCAAGGAUCAGGCGGUGAGCGACGCGUUGACACGUUUGGAUCACAUGAUGAAUGGCGAGCGCCUGGCGAAGGAAGAGAUGUAUCGCAAAAUGGGAUCUGUUUUUGUGUCGAAGAAGUAG